AUGAAGAAAUAUGAAUUCUUCAGAUCCAACCCGCUCGGGGCGGUGGUCAACGGCGAUGGAUCGGUGAGGCCCAUAAACGACCUAUCCUUUCCCCACAACGACCCGCUUCUGCCCUCGGUCAACUCAUUUGUAGACAAGUUAGACUACGCGACGACUUGGGAUGACUUCGAGAGAGUCUCCAAAUUCCUGAGAAACCAGACACAACCCAUACUCCUAGCAUUAUUCGACUGGGAAAAGGCCUACAGGCAAAUUCCCACCGCGGAAGCACAAUGGGCCUACCUUAUGGUCAGGGACUUUAAUGGCGGCAUCCUCAUCGACACAAGGAUCGCGUUUGGAGGGGUAGCGGGCUGCGGCUCCUUUGGCAGGCCAGCAGAUGCCUGGAAGGAACUGAUGCUACACGAAUUCGACUUAUUGACCGUCUUCCGAUGGGUCGACGACAAUUUAUUCAUAAAACACCGCGACUCGAAGGUAGAGAUGGAACAGAUAGUAGCACGUUCUGAAACGCUGGGGGUAAAAACUAAUUCAACUAAAUACUCCCCCUUCUCGGAGGAACAGAAAUACAUCGGGUUCAUCUGGAACACGUCAAGGAAGACAGUCAGGUUACCAGACGACAAGAAGUUCCAACGCGUACAACAACUCAAGGAAUUCCUGAUACCCGACGCCGAGUUCUCCUACAAGCACGUGGAGGUGAUGGUGGGCCGACUCACCCACGUAUCGUACAUUCUUCCCCAGCUCCGAUGCUAUCUUAAUAGCUUGUACCGCUGGAUGAAUGCCUGGGUUUAUCGGAGCAAAAACCUUCCCGUCCCAGCGGACGCUAGGCAAGACCUGGAAGAAUGGCUGACCACCCUACUAUGCUUCAGAGAAACGAGGAUAAUCAGGAACCCUGAUCCGACCGAAAUCGGGUGGAUGGGGGACGCAUCGCGAGAGGGUUGGCCCAUGUGA